AUGGGUAACCACUUGUGGAGCAUCGUCUUGGUUCUGCUGGUGCUAGAGCAGCAGGUCUCUGAAUCCUUGGCCGCAAAUCUCGUUCAGCUGGUUAAGAAACAGAGUCAGCAGAAGCAUGCGCAAUCCACGCAGACAGGACAACAACCAGGACAACAGUUGCCGCAGGGACAGCAGAUCCAUGCCCAGCAGUAUGUCCAAGAAACCCUAGCCGAGCAACAGGAUAUAAAGGCUGAGGAGGAGGAAGAACACGAUCCUUACCAGCUCCUGCACGAGGCUAAACAGGAGUCUCGAUUACCAAACUCUGCCAGCUACCCAUGGAGUCCUUAUGCCGUGCCGCAGGGGAAUCCUUAUGAGGCCAUGCCUAAGAUGCUGCCCUUCAUAGGCUAUGCUCAACCAGUGCUCAUCCCAUUUCCUCUUUACGUGGCUCCAGAUAUGUUCUACCCCGCCUUUUCUGGCGCUACCAAUGACCUCGAGGAUGUGGUGAUGUCUAGAGCAGCCGGUGGACGUCGUCCUGCUGCCAGUCACUCGUCGCCUGCCCGAAAUUCACCUAUUUAUUACGUAAGAUUACCGCCCACACCGUAUAUGUUUUUGCCCAAUAUGCCGACAGCUCCAUUUGGCGGAGGAUUUUCACCGCUACUCACCUACCAACCGAUGCCAUCGUUCUCCGCCUACGGUUCCGUAUUUAAUUUGCCCGUAAACUUUUUGGCCAACGGUAAGCCCACAGGAGUCUACCAGGUGAAUGGAUCUCCAGGCGACGGACUGGGACCUAUGACAUCUGGUUUGGGUGGUGGAGGUUUUGGAAUGCGGCCACCGACUCCCAGUAAUCCCUACAGACCUAUCUCGACGCCUUCCAUGGGUGGUUACGGUGGUUCCCAGCAGAGCUUUGGCCUUGCUUCGAUGCCAGUUCCCCAGCAGGACUCCAAGCUAACAUCCUUGAAGCGUCCCUUCGUGUUUAAUGGUCGUCCCGAGGACAUUUACAUCCUGCCGAACAACCUGAGUCCGCUCUACAACGAACCGAGCUACUACUGA